GCAAGGAUCAGGUUCUCCUUGUUCCUGGAUCAGGCUCUUUAUCUUAGAUCAGGCUACUGGUUUCUGAAUCAGGUACUAGUUUGGUGUAGCAGGCGGUGACGCUUGGAAUGCCCGGCUUAGCUCCGGCAGAAGCCAUGGUUUCGAAAUCAGCUAAAGAUGAGGUUUCCGUCAAGUCGAAGUUCAUGCGACGGCUAGCGGCGAGCGACGAAGAAACAAGGGACCAGGCGUUCGAGGUCUUGUCGCGAUGGCUGGUCGCUCGCAAGGAGAUCGCCGAAGACGACCUCCUUAAAAUCUGGAAAGGCCUCUUUUACUGCAUGUGGCAUUCCGACAAGCCGCCAGUUCAGGCGAAUCUUGCGGAACGAAUGUCGGGUAUCCUGAUCUCCCUCGAUCCCGACCUCGCGCUGCUUUUUCUACGAACCUUCUGGAAGACGAUGCGUCGGGAAUGGGGAGGAAUCGACUACCAUCGCCUGGACAAGUUUUACCUGCUCAUACGUCUGGUCAUGCGGAAUCUUCUCGAGUAUCUCAAGAAACGUGAAUGGGAGGAAGAGGUAGUUUCUGAGCUCGCAGCAUGCGUCAUGGAGCAGGGCCUUCUCGCUAAGGACAAACAUCGGGCUAUCGGCCUUGAACUCCAUAUACUUGAUAUUUUUAAUGAGGUUUUUAAAAAGGCGGGAGGGGGUGACGUCAGAGUGGUGAAGGCGGUUCUGCAGUUCUGUCGGCCCGUCGUGGGGGUGAUUCAAACGAAGGAGGACGGACGGCUGCACAAACGGGCUCUGACUUCCGUGUUUUCGGGCCUGGCGGAAUACCUACGGAACGAAGCGAAGGCGAACACGAACGACGAGUCCUACGUGGCAGCGCUUCUAGAUACGGCGAGUGAGAUGUCCGCUGAUAUCAAAGCAGCGCACGGCAAGGCGAAAGGAAAAAAGAAGGGAAUGCUCAGGAAAGGAGAGGCGAUUUUCGCGGCGCUGCUAAGUGAGCUGUCUGGCAGUGAUGCAGCAGGAGGAGGGGAACAAGGGGAGGAGGAAGACUGCGAGGAAGACAUGCAGGGUUUAGAGGAGGAAGAUGCUGACGCUGCUGGCGGAAAAGGCGAUUCUGAUGAUGGUGAAGAUGGGGAGAUGGAAGAGGGAGAGGAGGAGGGUGAGGCAGUAGAGGAUGGCGGGGAGAGAACUGGGGAGCAGGGUUCAGGGGAGGGUUCAGGGGAGGGUUUAGAAGAAGAGGAGGGCGGGGAAGCGGAGAAGGAGCAGCAGAAUGCCGAGAACGAGGAAGAGGAUGGCGAGGAGAAUGAUGAAGAGAGGGAGGAGGGCGAGGAGGGCGACGGUAGGCAAGUCUCGACCAGUGCAGAGGAGGAAACGAAUAGUGUGAAGGGUGCAGCUGAUGAGCAAUCGACGGCCCAAACGGGGGAGCAGCAAGGAGCAAAGCUGUCUGAAUCGACAACCAAGCGGAAGAGGCGGCAGCAGGAGCAGCAGCAGCAAGCGGAGGUCAGCGGCAAAGGCAAGAAACGUAAGGGUAAGAAGGAUGCUCCAAUGAAGGAGGAGGUGACAGCCCUGUCUUCUGCAGACACAGAGUCUGCGCUGGGGGAGGGGCAGCAGACGGUGCAGGGACAAGCAGCAGACGCCUCAGCAGCAGAUGCCUCAGCAGCAGGAACAGCAGAUGCUGCACCUGCAGCAGGUUCUGCUGCUGCUUCAACGGCCGGGGCAGCAUCAGGGUUGGUGCAUCCGAAGCUGUCCAUAAACGCCAAGGCUAAAGCAGCAGGCGCGGCAGAGGAGGAGGAGGAAGCAGACGGAUUCCGCACGCCAGAGAAGGACAUCAUUGACGCCUUCGGUUUCGAAUUCCCCCAGGAGCUUGCUGCUGCAGCGGGGAGCGUGGGCGCCAGAAUCAUGGCUGCUGGUGAAGCCGCCGCCGCCGCAGCAGCAGCCGGAACAGAAGCAGCAGCAGGCACAGAAGCAGGAGGCGUUGGCAGCAGGGGUCCAGGGACUCGAUCCAGGGACGGGAGGACAGACGCCGCUGCAGUGGGCGUGCAGUCAGCCCCGGCGGGAGGAAAGGCCGGCGCCGGCAAGCGUCAAAAGAAGGUGAAAUUCGUGCUGAGCCGCAACCUGGAAAUGGCCAAGGGAGGGCCGGUGCCCCCCCCUGCAGUGCGCACUCCGCCUGCUUCCCGCCCAAAGGGCCCAGCGCUGAAGUCCGGGACGAAGCCCGGGCCCAUCAACAUGCGCAUGCUCAUGGCCACUGCUGAUACCAGCCCGUCGCAGAUGACCGCUUCGGGCAGGAAAAAGGUGGAUAAAGCUGCCCGCUCGCCUGCCAAGUCCCAUUCUCCUGUUUCCCUGCGCCUGGCUAACUUCCUGCAGUAGGCGUAGUGGUGCUAGGUGUGCGCACGCCUCCAUCUUCCUGCCCUAGCGGGUCAGUGCAGGGAAGGCCGGGACGAAGCCCAGGCACAUCAAUAUUCGCAUGCUAAGGGCCACUGCUGAUACGAGCCCAUCGCAGAUGACUGCUUCUGGAAUGAAGGUGGUGGAAAAAGCUGCCCGCUCGCCCGCCAAGUCCCCGACUGCUGUGUCGCUGCGUCUGGCUAACUUCCUGCAGUUAGUGCUGUUAGGUGUGCGGAAGGAGGCCACGCAGCCUGGCUUUCAUGCUGCAGUGCUACUGGUACCACCAGGGUUGGACUGGGGUGGGCACAGAGGGCAAUCGGUCCUACCGUAUCCAUUUUGUGAUGUGCUCAUUUUGUUGGCAUGGCAUAGAGGAUGAUACUAGGGACAUGGAAUUUCGGUUGUUGUCUUAGCCAGACUAGUGCGGUGCGGCACUGUCGAGAUGCUGAACUAUGACCAGCCGUUAUGAGAUGACAGCCCA